AACGUGGUAGAUAUAGGUAAAAUCAUAAGAGAAACUGUAUUUCAAAGUAAAACAUACGAAGUAUUGCUAUUUGUUUUGUGUUCUUGUACAUAACUACAAUAUCUAAUCUAUACAAACAUGAGGAACUUAUGCAUGUGGCAUGUUUCUUCUAAAAAAGGAUUUAAUCACUUACAAAGUUACAAGUUUUGCGUCUGUUACGGUCACCAUGAGGAGUCCAGACAGGGAGAGUUUUUCAUGUGCUCACAUAGUCUCGUUGUCUGUGUUGAUUCCAAUGGUGAGGUGAGGUGGACUAAAGAUCUUUCAGAAGUAGCUUCACCAGAAAAUAGACCAGUAAACAUAACAUUAUUGAGUUUAUUAAAUUCUGUAAGCAUUGGACUAGCAAAUGGAGAACUUUUUACUAUAAGCAACUUUGGAGCUAAUUGUGAUUUGGUGGGCAUAUGUGAUAAUGGAUUAUUGGCAAUGGAAUGGAGUCCAGACCAAGAAGUAUUAGUUCUAGUAACAAACGACCUGAGUGUUAUUCUAAUGUCUUGUACAUUUGAUGCAAUAAAUGAAUCUAAUUUGUUAAAUGAAGAGUUUGGAGAAAAACAGUUCAUUACUGUAGGUUGGGGUAAAAAAGAGACUCAGUUUCAUGGAUCAGAAGGCAAACAAGCUGCUAAAGUAAAAACUCAAGAAAUUUUUGAAAACACUGAGGUUGAUGACAAAAUAAUUAUCUCAUGGCGGGGCGAUGGCUGUUUAUUUGCUGUAGGAUUUACUAUGGAUGGUAUUCGAAGAUUUAAAGUUUUUGAUAGAGAAGGAACCUUGCAAUUUACUAGUGAAAAACAACAAGGACUUGAAGCAAAUCUUGCUUGGCGGCCUAGUGGAAACUUGAUUGCUACAACACAGCAGCAAGGUGAAAAAAAGUUGAUUUCAUUCUUUGAAAAGAAUGGACUAAAACAUGGGGAGUUUGUUAUUCCUAUAAAUUCCACAACAAUAGUUGAAGAGCUUCUUUGGAGCUAUGAUUCAGAAAUAUUGACAAUAUUAUGUAAAGAUAAUGCAGAAAACAUUCACAAAGUAUUAUUGUUUACAACGAGCAACUACCACUGGUACCUAAAGCAGACCCUUGUCUUUAAGCAGGGUGUAAGCAAAAUUAUGUGGGAUAAUGACUUUUAUGUGGCUAAUAAUAAGAAAAUGCAUAUUUUAUUACAAGAUGGUCAUUAUUUUUCAUAUACAUGGGUAUGGAACAAUGAUCAUAGUAAAGGGAAAAAUGAGGAUGAUGAUGCUGUUGUAGCUGUUAUAGAUGGAAAAAAAAUCUUAGUUUCUGCAUUUAGAUAUGCAGUUGUUCCCCCACCAAUGGCAAAUUUGAUAAUAGAAUUGGAUUCUGAAAUUAAUUCUGUGCAUUUUGCUCCAGAAAAAUGUUCAAAAUUAAACAUAAAUUCAUUUGUUGUAGUGACUUAUAACAGUCUAGUGUUUGUAGAGCAAACUAACAGAAAACCUCUACAAUAUGAAAUAUCUAAAACCAUUCCUUUUGAUAAAGGUUUUUAUUCAUUUCAACAUUACAAUUGGCAUUUGUUAGAUAGUGAAACCCUUUUGUGUGUCACAGUUGACAAUGAUAACUGUUAUGAAAUAACUCAAUAUAAAAUAUCAAAUGUAAGCAUAAUUAAAGAGCACACACAACGCUUGUCAUCAGCGGUAACAAGAAUCCAAGGUCAUCCAUUAAUUAAAUCGGCAGUGUUUUUGCAAUUGGAUUCUGGAGAUAUUUUAGAAUACCGUUCAGAUGGUACUAUGACUCGCCAAAAAGUUUCAUUUCCAGAAGCAUGUCCAAAAUUUUGUGCUCUGACAGUAGAUAAUGAAAUCUAUUUCCUUGGGCUAUCACAUAAAGGUUAUUUAUAUUUGAUGGAUGUAAUGGUCAUUACUAACAUCAGUUCCUUCUAUAUACACACUGAUUAUCUGUUAUUAACCACACUGAAACAUAUGCUCCUUUGUGUGGAGCUUACAAAAGGAGGACUUAGUGGUAUUGAAUCUUUUGAUAAAAUGGAAAGAUCAGAUAUAUACAAAAGAAAAAUAGAGAGAGGAGCAAAAUUGGUAAUUUCUGUAUCAAAAGACACAAGGACCGUUUUUCAAAUGCCUAGAGGUAACUUGGAAACAAUUCAACCACGACCAUUAUCACUUAAAAUAAUUGGUGAAUAUCUGGAUUCGAGCAAAUAUUAUGAGGCUUUUGAUUUAAUGAGGAAACAAAGAAUAAAUCUCAAUUUAAUAUAUGAUCAUAACCCUAAGCUUUUUAUAGAAAGUAUUGAUGUCUUUCUAAAUACUAUAAAAAACAAUUCUUGGCUUAGUUUAUUCCUAUCAGAUCUUGAAAAUGUAGAUGUAACAAAAACAAUGUAUUCAAGCAGCUACACUAAUAGAGCAAAUAUGUCAGAUGAAAUGGUUCAGAAAAAGGUGCAAUUUAUAUGUGAUCUUGUAAGAAAUCAUUUAACCAAUGCACCAGACAGCGCCAAUAGAGUGCUACCAUUGUUGACAACAUUUGUCAAGAAAAAUACUGCCAGUGAUUUAGAGGAAGCACUUAUCCUUAUAAAAGAAAUGAAAAACCAAGAAUCUGGUGGUACAAAGCUACCAGUCACAUCUGAUGAAGCUCUUAAGUAUCUACUGUACAUGGUGAAUGUAGAUAAUUUAUUCGAUGUAGCCCUUGGAAUGUACGACUUCGAUCUUGUAUUAUUAGUUGCAAACAAAUCACAGAAGGAUCCAAAAGAAUACAUUUCUAUGCUUAAUGAUUUAAAUGAAAUGGAUGAAGAGUAUAAAAAAUAUACAAUUAAUAAGCAUUUAAAAAGAUUUGAUAGAGCAGUGCAAUGUCUUGCAAAAUGUGGACCGAGCAAAUAUGGAGAAUUAAAGACAUUUGUUAAGUAUCAUAGUUUGUACAAAGCGGCUUUAGCUCUCUUUUCUGUUGAGGAUGAAAUAUACCAACAAAUAUCAGAAGACUUUGGACUGUAUCUCAAGUUAAAAAAGCAAUACAUAGAAGCCGGUAUAAUUUAUGAAAGAGCUGAAAACAAAGAAAAAGCCAUUGAAUGUUAUAAAGAGGCUUUAGAAUGGGAAUUGGCAUUGAAACUGGCAGUACAGAAACCCAGAGAUGAGUUCAAACAAUUAUGUUGGGAUCUUGCUACUAUGCUGAAAGAUGAAAAGAGAUUUAAAGAAGCCGUCGCAAUAUUGGAACAGUUUUCUGAAGAUAGUGAAGAUAUAAUUAAUUUUGCUAUUGAAUGCGGACAAUAUAAAACAGCAUUGAGAAUAUGUUCAAAAUUUAAUCAAUCAGACUUUAAAGAUACGAAAUUAUUACCAUCAAUAAUGGAAGAAUAUAAGUCUUUAAGGGACUUGUUACAGACAAGUGGGACUAACUUCAUUAACUAUAGGAAUCGUCUUAAAGUUGUAAGGGAAAUGAAAAGUAAAAAGCUUCAACAUGAAUAUGAUACACCAAAUGCAUACAGAGAUAGUGAUUUAUAUUCUGAUGCUGGAAGUACUAUCGCGUCUUCUUCAGGAUCGGGGAGAUCAUUUCGGUCAAGUAAAAAUAGGAGAAAACAUGAGCGUAAAGUAGCAUCACUUAAAGAAGGAUCACAGUAUGAGGAUACUGCGCUAGUUAUAGCUCUACAUAGUCUUAUUACCUCCACAUAUGAACUACGCCUACAUGUUAAGGAAGUCAACAUAGCCUUGUCAUGUUUCAACAAAGAUGGCGAAGCUUUCAUUCUUCAGUCAAGUCUGGAGAAGUUAUUAAAAGAAAUGAAAGAGAGCUUGACACAGAUCUGGAAUAAUGAAUUCAUGUUAGAAGCAACAAAUGCGGUUAUUUCUGCCGAAAAUGUCCCAGGUGCAAGUGUUAUACCACAAGGUAUCGCAACUCUAGAACCUCAACUGAGGAUAGCUCCUCUCAUACAAGACUUGAAUUGGAGAUUGGAUGGAUUAAAUAAUUAAUAAACAACUAUUAAUAAAUAAUAUA